AUGGACGCCUUCAGGAACGAGAAGAUCGCGUUGCGCCUUCUUGGUGUCGCGUUUCCUAAGGAUCUCUCUUCGCCGGUGCUGAAGACGAUGGUCACUGUCUACUUCUGGAUCCAGAUCGUGGCAGAAGGUUACUGGUCCUACCUCUACUUCAGAGGAGCCUACCUCUACCUCCACGAGCACUUCCUCAUCAGGAUGGUGGGUCUCUCUGCAGGGAUAUCCGUGUCUGGUACCAUCGCCAAGCUCAUCGCCUUCAAACUGAAUACUGGCCUAUUGCAGGAACUGUUCGAGCAGCUGGGUGGCUUCGAGGCGAAAACGGAACGUGGAAAGUUGGUGAAAAAGGUUACCAUCCUCUAUGAAUCCGCCGUGGCGGCCAUCUUGGUGACCCACAACUACGGCUACUUCGUCAACUCCACCCCGACCCGGUCGACUCCUUACUACAGUCAGUUCCAGACCGGGCCUUACGAAGAGGUCGCCCUGGACUACUGGUACACCCUCUACUGUGUCUUCGUCACCCUCACAGGCAACGUCAUGGGGGACACUGUGUUCCUCUUGAUCAUCAACCAGAUCUGCCACAGGCUCCUUCUGCUCUCCAACACGGUGUCCGUCAUCGGCGAAGAAGGAGAAUCGAAGGUGGAGGUGAUGGACAUGGAAGGAUUGAAAUCUGACAAGGAGAUCAUACAGAUGUGUGUCAGGGAGCACAAUACUCUAUUAAAAUACAAGAAUCAACUGGAGGAGUUAUAUAACUACAUCAUCGUUGUUCAGCUUGCUUAUUCCUUUUCAACUAUUUGUCUGACUCUCUUCGUAAUUUCUCAGGAGGCGAAUGUAUACGAAGCAAUGUCAGAGCUAUUACCUCAGACAGUGUCUCUAUUUCUGGAAAUCUUUCUCUACUGCUGGGCUGGCCAAAUGAUUAGUAAUCAUUUCGAAGAACUACGGCUUGCAAUAUACAACAGCGGAUGGUACAACAGUUCCAGAAUGGAAGAUCGAAGCUCCGUGUUGAUUAUGCAGACUUUCACGACAGAACCAGUCCAAGUCACUGCGGUAUCUGUGUUUCAUCUCAACUUUCAUCUUUACGAAACGAUCUGCAGAGAAGCCUUCACAUAUUAUACAAUAAUGUCACAACUUUUCAGUCAAUAA